CACUUACUUAUGGCCCAUUCUAGGUUGAAAGAAACAUAGCAGCUGAACCUGAACUUCACAGUUUUGGUUUGGGAGGCGACGCCAUGGAAGAGGAAGCACAAGCACUGCGUAAAGGUGGCCACAUCAAGAAGAGGGCCUUGAAGAACAAAGCUUUGGGCAUCACCUUCGACGAGAAAGAUCUCAACGACUACGUUACCGGCUUUCACAAGCGCAAGAAGAAGAGAAGAAAAGAAGCACAGAAACAACAAGAAGAUGCACUUAGGCGUAAACGCACCGAGGAACGCAAAAAAAGGAAGUUGGAAAGAGAAAGUGUUUAUGGGGAUGUAGCACCAAAUGAUGGCUCAGAACCUGGUGAAGUUGAUGAGAACCAAGAAGUAGAAGAAGAAGAUAAGGAGCCAGUUGAAUCUAUUGCUGGAACGAAGACAUAUGAGAAUGGUGAUUUGAAGGUCAUUGUUGUAACAAGUGAGAUCAACCCUGAAGAAGAAGAAGAAAAAAGUUACUCUGGUGAAAGGAAGGAGGAAGCAGUGACCCCUCAUCCUGUUGUAGCUGAUAAAAAGCAAGGUGUACCUAUCAAUAAGAGGAAAGCUUUUAAAAAGGUGGCGAAGCAAAAGUCACGGCCAAGGACAAGAAGUAAGAGAGAUAAAAGGAAAGGAAAGAUGCCGGGUAAAAAGUAAUGGCACCUGAGCAUCUUGCGUCUUCAGGAGAAUCCCAAGUCUAAAUGAACUGUAUUAUUGCGGAGGUACUUAUUCAGUGCAGUGACAUAGCUACUGACAUAUUGCAGGAUUCAUGCUUGUUUCAUAGUUAAAUAUAUAUCAACUGGUUUGGUACCUUGUUCCCAAUGUCCAUGACAGGAUUUUGUUCUGCUGGAGUCUUACGCUCACUAUCUUACCUUUUUAACUGAUCCAUUGGAGGGGAUCUAAAAAUUAAGAAGAAACACCUUAUUUUUCUCGGUUGAUUUUGGUUAAUCGGUAAUUCGUUGUGUUUUUUACA